AUUCAUCAAUACAUAUUCUUUUGUACAUUUUGCUCACAUGAUUUUGUUACGCAGUAGACUGUGAUUUGAUUACCAUGUUGUUUCUAAUGGGAAGUGGUUUACUCUAAACAAAUCGUCGUCCUCUCUUUCAAUGGAUACAUCAACUGGGUCUACAGUGUUAUCCGAAAGUGGACUCUAUAACUUCUGCUUUCAAAAAUUAUUUUUGUGUUUGUAGUUGAUAGAGGAAUUCCAAUUAAGGAUCAGAAAAAAGGGUCAAAGCAGUUGGAUUGGUCCGAUUGGAUUUUCAAAGACCAUGGCAACGUUACGGCUUCUUUUUGCAGGAGGCCUAUUUUGUAUUCUUGUAGUGUCUUGCCAAGCAAGUGAUUGCCCCUACGGGAAAUACUGGGACCCGAACUUUGGAGCGUGCAGAGAAUGCAGCCCUUGUCCUAGAGAUGCAAUUCUUGGUCAAGGUGUCAUUGUCAAGAUAAGCAUGUGCAGUCAAUACGACUCACUAUGCCCCAACUGGUGCUCGGAGGAGACUCAGACGUGGAACCCAAACGAAGGAAGAGACGCGUGCCCUCCGACCACUCCCACCCCGCCAGGUAGAUUGCAUGCGCAUGCACCCCCAACCUGCACGGCUUUUUAUUUUUAAUUUCUUGAUUUCUGUUUGCCUCAACCACAGAGAGUUCUACGAUAUUAGCAGCCGUAAAUGUGCUAAAUGUUCCCGCUGCCCUGCUAAUUUGAUCUUGAGUGAAAUGUAUCAGCAAUUGCCGUGCUAUAGCCAGGGGGUCACAUGUCCAGAUUGGUGCUCCCCCUGGCAGUCCGCCCCCUCUGGAGAUGAUAUCCUAGAUGCAUGUUACAGGAAUAAGAAUCCUCUCACAACCACCCCAACCCCAGUUCCAUCUGUCAAUGUGACAAUGAGCGAGCGAAAGUACAACACCACUGCCAACCGAUAUUCUGUGAUGUGCACAAUAUCAUUCAUUAACAUGCCCACCCCUACAUUGGAGUGGUUCAAUCCGUCCGGGCAACUCCUUGCCCCAACUGAUACUUGGGGAGAGGCGACGACGCAGGAGAUCAUUGAUGACCAAGAGAUUGUGUCGACUCUUCUUACAAAGGAAUUUGAGAAGGGUGACGAAGGGCAAUAUACAUGUGCUUCUCAGGGUGUCCCAACUGCCAAUCAGACUGUCUUUCUGGAAUACGUGGAUCCUCCUACCUCACCUCCUACUACCAUUAGCGUACCGGGUAGUACUCAGGGAACGGAACAUACCACACCAAAGGGAGAUGAAUCCGGCCAACCUGAAGGUGGACUUUCUGUUCUAUUUAUUAUUGGUAUUGCUGUUCUUGUUCUCCUGUCAGUAUGCCUUAUGGUAUGUUUGGCAUUCGUGUGUGUGAAAAGGAGACUAAACCAACCUCGAGGCAGGAGAUUGCACGACUCAGAAUCGCAUCCAUUGAAUGAUUUCAAUAAUGGCCUCACCUUAGAGACUUCGGAUUUUAAGAGUGCUAAAAUAAGAGGGAUUGCGGCCUGUCUAGACCUACCGGAUUGUGUUGCUGUUAUCAUCAAGAAAAAUGGGAACAAGAUCAAACGAGUAGAAAGUUCGAUGACUCGAGAAGAUAUUUUCUUCAUUGAAACAAUGCAAUGGGAUGACAGCAUAGAAAUUUGGAUGGAAUAUGCUGCCAGAUGUAACUGGAUUAAAUGUUUCUGUAGAGAUAUCGAGAAGAUCAAGACCUUGAAGAUGAACUGUCUAAAGAUCAGUAACAUCACUGGGACAUCGGUUUCAAUUUCCUGCCCAAACGUGAAAAACAAAUUUUACUUGCAUUAUGAAGAAAAGAAUUCUCCCAGCUCAAGCUCAAGUGCUGAAACCAUAGAAGGUGGUAGCAGGGAGAUCCGUGACCUUCGACCCAGCACAGAGUAUUCCGUUCAGCUCGGUAACAAGGGUCAGACUGGGGAUUCGAGAGAGUUCAUUUGGAUUUGGAAGGAGGAAUUUAGCACAGAAGAUUUGAGAUUAAGGCACACAUCAACCAGAGAAACGCUGACACUGACUUGGCCAUCUGUCCCAAGCUCCUUGCCCCUUUGCUAUACCUUGAAUCAGGAAAAACAGAAGGAGAUGGCAGGUAGUGGCAACCAGUUUCCAAUCAAGAUCUCGCACCUAAUUCCUGAUAUGGAGCAAGUCUUGAAGAUCAGAGAGAGAGGUACCACUGCUCCCAGACACCUUCAGGAAAUUAUGUUUAAAACACAAGGUCCCUGGAAAGAUGGAGGAGACUACAAAGGAUAUGCCACUACAGAUUGCGAAGGUCCAGAACCAGAUGGAAAUCGCGGCCGACUAAACGGGCGCACAAACAAGUGUGUCACUGGACUUCUAGAAGCUGUCCACUCUUUACGAGACAAGGAUGCAACAGAUUGCACACGUCCAGAGCCAGAGACGCCUGUUUUAGAGGCUGCUGUGAAUAGCCUGAAGGAGUUCUUUAAAGACUACAACAAACUCAGUUGUAACAACGUCUACCGUGUUGUACCUAAAAAAAGCUUUCUCUUUCAUAUAGAAGACUUUGUAAAAAUCAAUGCUAUGCAGGAUUACACAGGUGUAUUUGAUUUCCUGAAGAGGUUCUCCAGUCAGGCGGGGGCACAGUCCCCAGUUGGUGUUUCCUAUGCUGAGAAGCUGUUGGAUGCCCACGAUGGUCCUACUUGUCGAUUUUGCAAGCAUGCUGUAUUUCUACUUAAACGGAGGACACCCCGAACUGACCCACAGCAGUCUAAUUGUAUAUAGGAGAUUAUAUCUAGUAUCUAGCUUAUUCAUGUAGAUUUCUAAUCGGAUAUGUAAUUUCUGUUGCGUUGUGAAACCUCUGUGUGUGAUAUACUGUGUGUUAUGUUUCCUGUUGAACCAUAGGGGUUCAGUGUCUCCUUAAGGACACUCUGUGAUCCUGACUGUUGGCCUUAAUGUAAUUAUAUUUCACCAGAAAGAGACAAGUGUACUGAGAAUUUUCAUUCAAUAUCCAAUGCACUAAAUUUGCACUGCUUCCAAAUAAAAGCCAAUUAACUUACGCCAAUCAUUAUGCCCUCAAAAUGAAUGUAAUUGAAAAAUUUUAAUUGGAAAUUGGCAAAUUUUUAAUCAUAUUUUGCAAUAGUCUUUAUGACCCAUUUAAAAAAAAUCCAUAUUCAUUUAUUCAAACUAUAAAGACAGUAAAAAAAUAUAUUUGCCAAUUUGAGUAUUGAAAAGUGAUCAAGUUCGACAUCGAAAACAUUUGUACAUCUAUCGGUUAAGCAACACAGCUCUUUUUUUUGCUUGUACAUGUAAAACAAAAAUCAGUAGGAUGUUAGUGUGUGGUACAUAUUACUCUUAUGUCAUGUCACAUGAUUACAUAAAACUGCCAUCCAAUCACAUAGACAUUUAGAACACAAAUAACUGUUGUCCAAAGGCUCUUGAACAUAACAUGACUUUGAUAGUGUCUUUAUUAAUGCCGUUUUGUGACUCAAUCUUAUUUCCCAAUUGUUCACUAAAUUUUCCUAGAAUGUUGAUUCUUUUAUGUUUGCAUCUGUGAGGCCUGUUGCACAAGCAAUUGUAAUCAAAUGAAAUGUAAAAAAUCAAAGUAAGCUGUCUUGAAAUUCAUAUUCAACCAAUCAGGCUUCCAUAACUCAAAGGUUAGCAAUUGAUUGUACGCUUGAUUUUCACGAUUGAUCAAGGGAAUCAAUCGUUGAAAAAUGUUCUAUGAUCAUUGCUAAGUUUUGUGUUACCGGCCCCAGGAGUACAUUUCUAGACUAAUUUUUUAUAUCUACAACAGGCCCAUGGAGUUAUAUCAACAAGUCAUUUUCAUAUGUAAAUUUAAAAAAAAAUAUUACAACUGUAUAUAGAAGCGCUUUUAUUUGAGAGGUCUGUUCAAUAUGGCAACAUCUUUCUAGAAAUUGAAUAUUGUAUUAUCGGUGUGCAGGACACAUCUUUUUCUCAUAAGAGAGGUAUAGAGGAAAACUUGGCAAAUUAUGACUGGAAACUAUGCUGGUGGCAUGAUUUCACAGAAUUUCAAGAGCAAAAAUAUAUGAAGAUAUACAUGUAUGCUACUGUAAUGAAAUAUUGAUAAUAUAUUUUACAUGGUUUUAUCUUUGAAAAAACUCAAAUCCACCCCUAAAGCUUAUAUGAAGCAAAGGAGUGAAAUUAACAGGCACUGACUGUAGAGUCUUUAUGAAGUUGGAUGAGAAAAAUAAAUAGCAUAUUGAUACAGUGAAUACCACAA